AUGGAAAUUGCGGCAUAUCCCUCCGCACCACCCACCACGAAGCCCGCCGAGGCCGCUACAUAUGCCGACUUCGACCUCACGAUGUGUCCAGCAUACCCACCAUACUGGCACAUCACCUGCCACGGAGAGUCAUAUUUCUGUUGGCAGCAUGAGGACGGUCAUAUGGAGGCGUCACUUGUCGUUGCUUUGCUUUGUUAUAUCUAUGUCUUUUCUCCUUGUUGA